UCUCGUCACCGUUUGGCUAAUUUUUAAUUUUUUUUUUAAUUUUCGGGAAAAAAGAGAGAAAAAGUAGUCGAGAGAGAGAGAGAGAGAGAGAGAGAAAAAAAGAAAAAAGAAUCAGCAUCUAGAAGCCUGAUGUUAUCCUCGUGCUCUCCGGUUAUGAUCACCGCCGGUGCUCUUAUGCUUUUCUAAGUGGUAACCCUAGCCUAGCGUGUUUACCGGAGAAGACCGCCGGCGAUUGAGAGUGCGUCGAGAUCUGGAUUUAGGGUUUCUGGGAAAGGGCCGAUGGAUAGCUCAGAUGGGUGGGCGGCGGUGGGGGCGAUCGUGUGGGUGCGGCGGAGGAAUGGGUCGUGGUGGCCAGGGAGGAUCCUGGGACCGGGGGAGCUUGCUGAAUCGCAUCUUUUGUCGCCGAGGUCCGGUACGCCCGUCAAGCUCCUCGGCAGGGAGGACGCCAGCGUGGACUGGUACAACCUAGAGAAAUCAAAACGCGUGAAACCAUUUCGAUGUGGGGAGUUUGAUGCUUGUAUCAAGAAGGCUGAGGCUUCCCAGAAAAUUCCUAUUAAGAAGAGAGAGAAGUAUGCACGUCGAGAGGAUGCCAUCCUACAUGCUCUUCAGCUUGAGAAGCAGCAGAGUCUGGGAACUAAUUCAAGCUGUUUAAGCAAUAACUCCUUAGGCACUUUAAAGAGAGAAAAAAGUCAUUGUUCUUCCUCAGAUAUCCACAGGCCUUGUAGCUCUAAUCAGACAUCACAGACACUUUCCAAAAGAGUUGCAUCAUCACCUGAAGAAGAAGAUUUGGGCAGGUCCUUUUAUGUUGAGAACACCAGGAACUUUAAGGAAUAUAAGGAUGAUCCUUAUGAAGCAAUUCCGUGCUCAAGCGGACUGCAGGAUUUUGAUCUUCCAGUUGUUCCACCAAAGAGUAAGCUUUCUCAAUCUGUAUCCCAGGUGAGGUCACAGAGAAGCACCAAUGCCUUCGUAGAUCCCCUUCCAGUUUCUGGGAGCAUGGCAGUUGUAAGUUAUGAGUACAGUGAACCGAAUUCUUUGGUAUAUCAAGGGAAAAGGUCACAUGGAUCUCGUACCGAAGAAACUACUGUUAAAAGAUGUGAUAGGCGCCAGCCACUUGCUAUAGUCUUGCAGAAUAGUACAGGAUUCCCAGAUUCUCAAUUUACUCCUCUGAGUCAUGAUUCUGGCACCAUACCAAAUCAAGUAUCAAAGGACCAUGUAGGUGUUAUACACCGUGUGAAAAGGAGCAGAUGCGUCUACCAGCCAGCGGAUGCAAUUGAUUCUCCUGAUCAGUUGGGACAGCCUUCCAAAGAUAUUACUACAACAGCAACGAGGUUUGGAAGGGAUGCUUCUAUGAACCGUGCUAAAAGGAGCAGAUGUGUUUCCCUGACAGCUGAUACGGAUGACUCUUCUGAUCAGCUGGAGCAUUCUUGUGAAGAAACGGCAACAAAAGCAAACCACGUUGUGAUGGAUAACAGCCACUAUCCUCCUAGUUACUCAUCAGAGGAAAGCACAGAUUCUAGUUCAUCUGAAGCAGAUGAGUCAGAUUCUUCAGCAACAGAUUCUAUGGAAGCUUACAUGGGAGAAGAGGCAAACCUCCUGGCGGGGAAAAAUGGAAAUAAGAAGAAUAAAGGGAUGCCUCCAUACAGUAUCAUGCCUCGGUCACAUUCUCACAAGAAGAUUGGUGAUGAUUCUGCUGAAGUUGGAACAUCCAUGUGGCAUUUGAAAGGGAAUUACAACAUUCAAAACUUGGAAAGGAGGUCCAUGAAUGAUCUGGAUGAGAAUAUCCACAAGUUUGCUGAUGCAUGGGAUGGUUCCUCUGACAAUGCAUCAUAUGGAAGUGAGGAAGCUACUUUUAAGAUGAAAAGAAUGGGGUCAUCUGGGCGAAGUCCUUACAAAAAGAGAAAGUUUGAUCAUUAUUUUGAUGAGGCCUAUCAGGGUGCUUCAAUUGAUAGUUAUUUGGGUAAUCCAAGUCAUCCUUUGGCUUUGCAAGAAGCUAAAGAUAGUUCCACUGAUUUUGAUGAUGAUAACUAUAUGGUUUCCAUGUCAAGGUGGGAGGCUGAUGAGCCAUCUCAUGUGGUUCGUAGGAAAUACUGGGAGGAGUCAGAAGAAUGUUCUAGCCCAGUUUAUGCUGGUCAGUUCAGGCAAGGAAGGAGGCCCAUGCUGAUAGAUGUUGAUUUGGAGGUUCAAGCUCGCUAUCAACGUGAGCAUGUCCCUUGGGUUUCUAUGAUGAGCAGAUUAAAUGGGAAAUCAAUUGUGGGGCAUCCGAUCCAUGUUGAAAUUUUGGAAGAUGGUUCUGCUGAUCUGCUUGUUUCAAGAAGAGAAUCCAAUCUAAGUGGGAGCACACCAUCCUUUUCUUUCUGGACAACUGCCAAAAGGACUGCCAAGCAACGAACACCUCGACCUAUUCCGGCAUCAUCAGCAUUCAAAGACAGAGAUCCUGAUCUGUUUGAACAUACCAAUAAUCUCAAAAGCAAGCAUCCCAUGAAGAAUGCACAGUCUGUUCUUUUUAACCAAGAGUCCAGGUUGGGAACAAAAGGCACCUCCCAUCUUCGCCGAUCUUCAUCAACAAAGUCUCAAAGGAAGGUCUCCAAAAGGACGAGCUUAGCCAGCCAGAAAACAUGUGCACUAUCCUCUUUUUCAGGUGUAUCAAAGCGGCAUGGUGAGAUUGGAGAUUUUAAAUUUACUGAGAGUGGUGAUGCACUGGCUGGAUUGAUCCGACUGGAGGGGUCAGUGCCUCUGGUGACAUGUGUUCCGGUAAAGGUUGCAUUCAGUAGGAUAUUGGAAUCAAUAGGCAGGCAACCGCCUUCAUGUCACCGUGGCUUGAAUGCCAGUUAUGUUGCAAGAAAUGCAUUGCAUGCUUGAUCAGCUUGUCCUCGUUGAUAACAUCUCUCCACAGCAUUCAAGUUCAUUUGAGCCGUAUAAUAUCAUUGAUCGACCAAGUUCAACAUUAUUUCUUCAAAUCUUAAAUUCUUUGCUUUCUCUGGUUGCUCCUCAAUGUUGUUGGUUGUUGCUCGUGAAGAAAAAUGCUCAAAGAGAUGAACAAGAUUUCAGUACCAAA